GUGAAGGCGCAACGAGAGGCACGUUCAGUUGCCCGGACCCGCUCGGUCGGUCUAAACAGACGUUACUCGAUCAUAUUCACCGCGAUCCGACAGUGGCUCCGUCAGAUCUUCAAUCGUAUAUCGUAAAAUUUCUCCCUUAAUUGUGCAUUCUUCGAGGGAACGCAAGCACAUACCAUCGAGAGGAUACAUUCUUACAAGUUACGAACAAAACUGACGAUGAUUCAGCGGGACCACUGUUGAACGCAGCGAUUUCUUACGAGGACAGGUAUCAGAAAUGCGUUGGUUUCGUGGCCACGCCGAGGCGCCAAGACUUCUAAGCUUAAGUCCUCUUCAAGUUGACGAAGACCUUGACGGAGCGUCUUACCACUUUCAUGCCGCGUCUCAGUACAGAGAUUUGUCUCCGGUGCGAUGGGCUCGCCGGAAGUCGUCGAGCUCCGAGUCGGAGCGCAACUGCUACAACGUGCAGACGUCGCAAGUGACCACCGAGCGGAGUCCCACGAAGAAGAACAAGAAACGAAUCCAAAAGGAGAGGCGAGUCUGCGAGAAACGGAACCCGCUUCUGGAUCGCGUGAAAAACACGCGGCUCAGCUUCUUCAAGGACCGCGACUCGGACGACGAGGGCAAGGAAGAUGACGAGGAUCCGGAGAAGCCGCAGUUCCGCUCCAUGUGCGAGUUGAACCAACGUGGCCUGAUGAGAAACGAAUUUCGCAGGUCCGUCUGCGAGUCGGACUUGAAGGAGAUCAUCGAGGAAGAGAAGAUUCAAGCGAAGAGGAAACGACGUUCGAAGUCGCAGAGCAGGCUGCCUCGUCGAAGACUGCCUCAGCAAGAGGAACGUUUCUCUUUCCUAGGAUUCCGACCGUCCGCUGGCAUCCAAACAGCGGCUGACUCGCCCAAGAACGUGAUCGAGGAGACCAUUGAUCAACAGAAUCGCAAGUGGCGAAAGGGCAGGGAGUUGAUUCAGGGCCAUCAAACGCCUAGACGAUCGAUGGAUCACGUUCUGGAAGGUAGAGCCAGCACCGAGGAGCCAGCUUUCAAAGACGGUUCCCAGUUCGACAGCAUAACACCAUCCAGCUGUUUGGCCGCGAAGUUCCGAGCGAUGCAGGACAGAUACUUGAAGAGCUCCACCAGCAAGAUAAUAGCGAAGAUCUACAAGAAGGAGGGCAAGGACAGGGAGAGACGGAGACUGAGAAGUUUCUCGUACGGUGCUCUGCCGGGCCUCGAGGAGCUCCGAACGAAUCCCCUUUACGAGGAGCAAGACCAGGACGACAACGACUCUGGCAUCCUGGACAACGACUCCGCGACCAGCUCUUUGCUCGACGACAGGUGCAGCAGCAGCGCUUCUGGCUUGUUGAAUGGCCCCAAUGACUCGUCCCUAAACUGUCCGCCCCAGUUACCACCGAGGAAACCUUCCUCGUCUGCUGCCGACGUGGAGAGAACUGCGAGAUUGUUCUCCAGCCUGGACAUCUACUGUAGCAGAAACGAGGGCAGAGGGUGCAGGAGGAACGCGUUCAGAUUGAACGCCCUCGACGAUUCUUCGACUCGUAUCUGUCAAGCGGCGAACAACGAGCUGAUAGAUCGACGGGAUCGCGGUGGUUCCAAGUCUGGCGAGGAGAAGGAAGCUGUUAUCGAGAGGUUGGACGACAAAGGUUCGCUGGCAUCGCAGAGCCAUGGUGGUAGGCUUCCAGUAAUUAGGAGCAGACCAUACACCACGGAGACUAUGGUGGUGAAACUUCCCAGGCAGAGUUCCGACCAGUGUCUGGGCAUUUUCAUCGCGAAAACGGCAGAAUCCAGCCCUGGUUAUUUGGUGGCUCACGUGGUGCCCAAUGGUCUGGCCGAUAAGGAAGGAACCUUGAGGAUAGGCGACGAGAUUCUGAUAGUUAACGGCAAGAGACUGCGAGGGCUGAGCAUGGCCGAGGCUAGGAAGAUCCUUGGAAGUGGGAACGCGCCUGGCGACGUGGACAUCGUCGUCUCGAGAUACACCGCCGUGGACCAAUCCUCGCCGAAGAAGCUGACGGAGAGCAGCGUGGACUACGAGAACGUUCACGUGGAGAAUGGCCACGGUGUUGUAAUGGAGAAUUCGCCCGGCACCCACUUCAGGAAGCAUCAGACGAAGCUUCAUCAGAGAGACAGGAGGAACGAGUGCAACAGGUCCACUUCCUCGGACAAGGCGAUCGCGAGCGUGAAUAAUAGCGGGUCGCAGAGCGUUUCGAACUUCUGCACGCUGCCAAGGAGGCCCAGGAACACCGUCUCGACGUUUCUGACGGUGGUGUUUCAGAAAGGUCCUGGGAAGAAGUCGCUGGGAUUCACCAUCGUCGGCGGAAGCGACAGUCCCAAGGGAAGCAUCGGUAUCUUUAUAAAAUCGGUAUUGCCGGGAGGGCAAGCCGCGGAAGAUGGCCGUUUGCACGCAGGUGACGAGAUAUUGGCAGUGAAUGGCCACGUCUGUCACGACUUGACCCACAGAAAAGCCGUUCAGCUAUUUCGCAACAUCAAAACUGGACCGGUUGCCUUGCAUCUUUGCAGACGCGUUAAAAACAAGGAACUACAGGCAACGAAGGCUAAGUCGUGCGCAGACCUUUUGCUCGGCGACGCGUGAAGAGAAGCUGUACGAGAUGAGAUUGUAAAAACGAGAACGAGACACAUCCGCGACCAUUGUAAAAAUGAACUCGGUAUCUGUACAUAUUUGUAAAUUUGUAAACUAUCAUGGAAAUAAAGUUGUUAUUUAAUAA